CUGUUUCUAGUGUCCGCCACAUCAACAGACCGAAAUUCUGAGGCGCAAGAAAUCGCAUUCGAAAUCGAGGAACAAAAACACCCAGGAUUAGUGGAAACACAAACUCGAUGUGUUCCGCUUGUGCAAAAGCGAGUCACUGCCAGUGAACCGAGACAAAUCACGGAUGCGACAGAUGAUGACUUCGAAGAAAAUUUACUUUUAUCCAUCAGUGAUGAGGCCUUCUUAGAAGUUGAACUGGAUAAUGACCAAAUGAGUAAAAGCAAACAAACUGACGUGGUAAAUUUCAAAAGCGAGACUGAUGAGAAACUCAAUGUGGACUCCGCUAACGGGUCCGACGAACCGGAUUCUGAACUAAUUCAAGUGGAAUACGGGGAUCAAAGUGAGCGGUACAAUUUUUCCCGGAAUACAACCGAAAACUACAUCAAGGACAUGGAACCCGAGCUGUUCCGGAAAAUACUCACUUGCGCCGCUGCUGCCGGUCGAUCGGAAAAAGAAGGUGCAUUCAAUUCGAAAGUAGUUACCGGUGGCCUGGUUCAAGCAGCUAACAACCAUUUGCCGUCAGAACCAACAGAAAACGCGGAAUAA